CAAAAGCCUCAUUAGCUAUCUUCAAACUUGUUAUAAACAGCAUGUCUUCCAUUAACAAUUUCUUAUUUGCUAUCAUUUCUAUGCUUUCUCUUUUGGCCUUUUCAAGCAAUGCACAACUUUCUCCCUCCUUUUAUGCCAGAACUUGCCCCAAACUUCAAAGCAUAGUGCGCACUACAAUGAGACAAGCCGUUGACACAGAACCUAGGAUGGCUGCCUCUAUUCUUCGCUUGUUCUUUCAUGAUUGCUUCGUACAAGGUUGUGAUGCAUCAGUUCUAUUGGACGACACUGCAAACUUCACAGGAGAGAAAAAUGCUUUUCCUAACAUAAAUUCAUUGAGGGGCUUCAAUGUUAUUGAUAACAUUAAAACCAACGUUGAAGCUGCUUGCAAUGCUACUGUGUCUUGUGCUGAUAUUCUUGCACUUGCUGCAAGAGAUGGAGUAGUGCGGGUAGGAGGACCCUCAUGGCCAGUGCCUCUAGGAAGAAGAGAUUCAAGAACAGCAAAUCAGAGUGCAGCCAACAGCGACCUCCCUGCACCUUUCGCAAACCUCUCCAGCCUGAUAAGCGCGUUUGCAGCCAAAGGUCUGACACCAAAGGACCUAACAGCGCUCUCAGGAGCUCACACAAUUGGCAAAGCGCAGUGCCUACUCUUCAGGACUCGCAUAUACAACGAAACAAACAUUGAUCCAAACUUUGCCGCCACAAGAAGGACCACUUGUCCUUUUACUGGAGGCAACUCCAACCUGGCUCCUCUCGACCUCGUCACACCAACCGAUUUCGACAACGAGUACUACGCUAACCUUCUGAACCAACGUGGUCUUCUCCACUCCGACCAAGAGCUUUUCAAUGGUGGCUCUCAAGAUGCCCUUACGAGCACCUAUGCUGCCAAUAAUACUGCCUUUUUCAAGGACUUUGCUAUUGCCAUGGUGAAGAUGGGCAACAUUAGUCCUCUCACUGGGACCAAUGGGGAGAUCAGAAGGAACUGCAGGGUCGUGAACUGAUAAUAUUGUGGCAAUAAUAAAUAGUAAUAAAGAUCAUCGUCGUCGUCAUCAUCGUACUUAUGCCGUUUUCUUCAUGUUUGUGUAGCGUGAUGAUCACCAUAAUAACUAGAGGACCCAUCAGCAGGGUGUUAGAAGUAACGUGUUUUAGAGAUAAAUAAAGAAUUGUAGUAAUUAAUUACGUUUUUGUCGAAAGUUGACUAUAUCUUUGGUGUAGCGUGGGUUAUAUAUUAU